AUUUGUACCUAGAUACAAAGAAAAGCCCUGUACGACACCGUUGAUGAUGCGCCAGUAAGAGCGAAAAUGUAAACUAAGCGAACAUAUCGUAGCUCAGACGUAAUUUUAAUUUAUGGGAUAGUUGAUUAAUAACGAAGAAGCUUAGCAUCCUUGAGAACUCGACUUAAGAAUGCCAAGAUUGAAAUUCAGAGAUCAGCUCGAUCGAUAAUUCGUCUAUUGGAAAAAUACACACCGAAAUAAAAUAAAAAAAUAUAGAAGAUCCUUCUGUCGAGACAGAAAGUAAAAUUUCAGAAAGUUGGUUCCAAAUUCAAAGUAUGAAGCGCAAAGUAAUAUCUUACAUUUUACACGAUUAAUUCUCCACUUUUGAUAUGAAACUAACAUUGUAACAUUUUUUCAAGUUCAUUCAUAUAUAAAUCUUUUACAACAAGGUACACAUAUAUCAAGCAUAAUUACCAGAUUGGAAAUUAUUCAGUACCUUUCGACAAGAGGAAUUCUUCACGGUCGGCGACGUGUGUUUGCUCAGUACAUGUGCUCUUACUCGCGUUCAUGACAAUGAGAAAAAAGAGAGAGGUCGUGCAAAAGAGAGAAAAAAAAGAUCUGUUCUUCCCGGUCGACUAGAAGUAGUUAUGAGCUCAUACAGUCGUCCCGUUGUUUUCCAAACUACAACUGAUCACCGCGAAGCGAUCGAGUGAAACGAAGCAAGACAUAAAGAUGUGAGAAGUGAGCGACCUACUCCAAGGAUUAUGCCAGGAACCUAUACUAUAAUAACGCAUCUAAGGACUACGUGUCUAAGUAUAUUUAUUUAACUAUUACAUCAUAAGAUCAAGGCUUAACGGUUUUACAUCUUGAGCCUAAAAAUGUUGCAAAUAUGCAGAAACGCUGGACGAAUGUUAUUUUCGUCAUUGAAGUCGACAUCAGUUACACAAACAGCCGGUUUAAAAGUAUUUCCUCCUCCAAAAGAAAUUGGCGAAAUCGAGUAUCCUGAGCGACGCAAGUUGAGAGUAAUAGAGAAAGUUCCACAAUUUCCACCAGGAUUACGUGCCCCUACGAUGCAAAAGCGCUUGAGAUACAUGCGUGGACCAGAGAAUGUGCAUAAUUUUCUCAUGUACAGACAGUAUGGUAUCAUGGCUACUAUAGGAGGCAGAUUGAAACAUAAUCAUUUCGAGAUGAUACGUAUGAAGCUGCUUAGAAACCUUGAUCAAGAUAGAAUGUUUGCCAUUUGGCGGGUGGAUGCACCAUGGCAGCCAGUUACAAAGAAGGGGACAGGACAUCGUAUGGGUGGUGGUAAAGGCUCUAUCGAUCAUUAUGUCACUCCGAUUAAAGCAGGUCGUAUCAUUAUAGAAGUUGGUGGCACUUGCGAAUAUUUUGAGGUAAAAAGGGUGUUAGAGCGAAUAGCAUCUAUACUGCCAUUUAAAGCUAUGGCUGUUAGUCAAGAGAUACUGGAUCAGAAGGAAGCCAAGGAAAAUUGGUUAGAAGAAAAUAAUGACCAUCUUUGGACUUGGAAGUACAUGGUAAAAAACAAUAUGAUUGGUUGUCAUAAAUGGAUUUCGCCAUCUGAUAAAAAAUGGUUCAACAAGCAUUUGUAAAUAAAUAAUUUUAACAUAAAGGAAGUGUUUUUGUUA